AUGAAUAAACUUAAUCAUGAUUGUCUCACAUUAGUAUUUGAAGUAAUAUAUAAUGAUAAAAAUUCUUUAUACCCUUGUUUAUUGGUAAAUAGGCUCUGGUGUAAAAUUGCAGUACCAAUUUUAUGGAGAAAUCCAUGGGAAGUUAUAACAAAACCUUACGGAAAUUUGGAAAAAAUUAAAAAAGCGAGAAUAUUUUUUAAUAUUGUCCUCUUACAUUUACCGGAAGAAUCAAGAUUGUUAUUAAAAAGUCAGGAUACUGAUAAGACGAAACGAAGAAAUCCUUUAUUAAAUUAUAUAUUUAAUUACGUAUUUAUUAAGAAUCAAAAAAUUGAUAUACUUAAAAAACCUCAGCAAAAACCUUUAUUUAAUUAUAUUAGUUUUUGUAAAUAUAUUAAAUAUCAACUAUUUGGUCAAAAUUUUUAUGAAAAGGUUUUUCGUCAUUAUGAUAAUCGAUAUAUUAAAUUAUUGGAACAAGAAAUAUAUAAACUUCUUAUUAACAAAUGUUAUAAUAUUAAAUGUUUAGAUACGAUGGGGGUUAAAUAUCCAUUAUAUAAAUUUCCUGGAGCAGAAAUUUGCUUUGCGAAACUUUAUGAAUUAUAUUGUAGUAGUAAGGAUGAUUCUUCACUUUUUUAUGGAUUGGCUAAAAUUUGCAGAUUUAUUGAAAGGUUUUAUAUUUAUCUUACAACUUCAAAUUCUGGACUUGCUAAAUUAAUUGAAACGCAACAAAAAGUGAAAUAUUUAACUAUAAGAAAUAAAAUAAGUCAUCAAUUUAUACGUGGAAAUUAUGGAGAUAUUGGUUCUGCAGUAUUAAAGCAUUCUCAUAAUAUUAUUUAUUUGAGUUUACCUAUAGAAAAUUUUUCACCUUUUUAUAAUUUCUUUUUUCCAAAAUUUAUUAAUUUAAAAAAAUUUAAAUUAUAUAAUCAAAUUUUUGAUAUUUUUGAUAUUGAAUUAUAUAAGAAUUUUUAUAAUUAUCCUAAAUUACAAGUUCUUCAAAUUAAUUUAUUAUAUUCUGCUACUUUUUAUGCUGUUAAUAGAAUUAUUCAAGAAUCUGAAAAUGAUCUUCAAAUAAUUUCUAUGGAUUUUAAUGCCAAUCUUUUUACUGAUCAACUUCUUUGUAGAAUAUCUCAACAUUGUUCAAAUUUAAAAUAUCUUAGAAUUGAUUUAGAUGAUAUGUACCUUCAUAAUUUUGAACAAGUUUUAUUAAAUUGUCAAUCAUUAGAAGGUAUAUUUAUUUAUCAUUAUAGAGAUGGAAAUUAUUUACCUGAAAUUGGUGAUAAUUUAUUAAAAAUUUUAAUAAAUUCUUCUCCACUUAGUUUAUUUAAAAUUGAUAUUGGUAGUUAUAAUAUUUAUAAGAUUCAUUCUUUAAGAAAUUUUUUUGAGAAUUGGGUGGGUCGAAAAUCUAUGUGGUUAUCUUCAAUUAAUAUUUAUGAUUAUGAUAAAAUGAAUAAUGAUUUUAAUGAAAUGAUUGAAUAUUAUAAACAUAUAGGAGUUAUUAAAAAGUAUAAAGAUUUUUGUUUCAUUAAUGUUUAUAAUGAAUUUAAAUUUUAA